CAGUUCCAUUUCUGUCCUCACAACCCACACCACAAAACUCCAAACAAGUCACCAACCUUCCGGACACCAACGUCUUUUCUAACACUAAUUCUCCGUUUGCCCAACUAUUUUGUCCUCCUUAAACUCGCGGAUUUGCAGAGACCACAACUCAGAAAAACAGUCACCUUCUUCUUGAUUCUUCUUCACAGUCCAAGACUUUCAGUGUUUUCAGUUCAGCCAAACAUGGCUUUUGUCUCUCAGCUAAACCACUUCCCAUGCAAGACUCUCUCACUAACUCCGCCCCAACCCCGCCUCACCUCCAAGCCUUCCAUUUUGGCGCCAAACUCCAUCUCCCUCGCCACCCACAAAUUGAAACUCUCCAACCCGGAAUCCCCACCGGCCGCCCGACCCGCCACCCGUGUCCGCGCCCUGGAUGACGACUCGGCCCCGGAGAACUCGGAGGAGUCGUCCGACGUGGCAGCUGGAGCUGUGGCUGUGGCAGAGAAGCCGGAUGAGCCGGAGGAGAUCUCGAAACUAAAGAAGGCUUUGGUGGACUCGUUCUACGGGACUGAUCGUGGGCUCAGCGCCACCAGCGAGACCCGGGCCGAGAUUGUCGAGCUUAUUACCCAAUUAGAGGCCCAAAACCCGACUCCGGCUCCGACCGACGCGUUGCCUCUACUCAACGGGAAAUGGAUUCUGGCGUACACAUCUUUUGCUGGUUUGUUUCCAAUAUUGUCCAGAGGAACUCUUCCUUUGGUGAAGGUUGCUGAGAUUUCGCAGACUAUAGACUCUGAUAAUUUCACAGUUGAAAACUCUGUUCGGUUUUCCGGGCCUUUGGCUACAACUUCUUUCAGCACCAAUGCCACAUUUGAUGUCCGAAGUCCCAAGCGUGUUCAGCUCAAAUUUGAGGAAGGGGUGAUUGGGACUCCCCAGCUAACAGACUCGCUAGUGAUACCGGAAGAUGUUGAGUUUUUGGGACAGAAGAUAGACCUUGCACCCUUCAAAGGUUUGCUCACUUCUGUCCAAGACACUGCUUCAUCAGUUGCAAAGUCCAUCUCUAGCCAACCCCCAAUUAAGUUCUCGAUUUCAAGCAGCAAUGCCGAAUCGUGGUUGCUAACCACAUACCUUGAUCAAGAGCUUCGGAUUUCGAGGGGAGACAAUGGCAGUGUGUUUGUGCUCAUCAAGGAAGGCAGCUCCCUUUUGACUCCUUGAUUUAGGUCUAGGAAUUGUGUGUAUUAUUAAUCGAUUAUGUAUAUGUUCAGGAAUAUGAGAUGUAAUCUUCUAUAGAUCAAUAAAUUGAAAUUGUAUGGUUU